AGAGAGGGAGGGGACACAAAAUCCAAAGCAGGCUCCAGGCUCUAAGCUGUCAGCUCAGAGCCUGACAUGGGGCUCGAACUCAUGGACGGUGAGAUCAUGACCUGAGCUGAAGUCAGACACUUAACCAACUGAGCCACCCAGGCACCUCAUAGAUACCACAUCUUCUUAAUACAUUCAUCAGUUGAUGGACAUUUGGGCCAAGCUCUGUUUUAAAAUUCUGAGAUGUUGUGUCUUCAUUUUCAUUCAGUUCAAAAUAGAUAUGAUAAAGGAUUUUUGUUCAAUAUAUAUAAAGAACUCUUAUAACUCAAUAAUAAGAUAAUAACCCAGUGAGAAAAAUGGGCAAACAAUUUAAUAAAGAUAAGAUGUAAGAAUGGCUAAUAAGCACAUGAAAACGUGCUCAACAUCAUUAAUCAUUAGGAAAUGAAAAUUAGAACCAUAAUGAUACCACUUCACAUCCGCUAAGGAUGGCUAUAAGCAAAAAGGCAACAAAGGCUGUAAAGAUAUGGAGAAAUUAUCACCAAUCAUUGCUGGUAGAAAUGUAUAACAGUACAGUGACUUUGGAAAAACACUGGCAAUUUCUGAAAAAGUUAAAUAUAAAUCAUCAUGUAACCCAGCCAUUCCACUCUUUGCUAUAAACCCAAGAGACAUAAAGAUAUAUGUCCACACAGACUUGCGUGUGAAUGUUCUUAGAAGCAUUAUUCAUAAAAACAAAAAGGGGAAACAAUCUAAAUGUCCAUCAGCUAUUGGAUGAACCAUGAACAAUUGGUAUAUUUCUAUAGUAGAAUAUUAUUCAGCAAUACAAAGGAAGUACUGUUAUAUACUGAAAAAUGAAUGUACCUCAGAAAAUUAUGUGAAGCUAAAAAAAACCCCUAAACACAAAGACUGUAUAUUUUAUGAUUCCAUUUAUAUUAAAUGCCCUUAAAAAGCAAAUCUACAGAGACAGAAAGCAGAUUAGUAGUUUCCUGGGAUUGGGAGGGGAAAUGGGGAUUAACUACAAAUGAGUAUGAGGGAUAUUUUGAGGGUGAUAGAUAUGUUCUAAAAUUGGAUUGUGGUGAUGCUUGAACCACUGUGUAAAUUUAGUAUCAUUGAAUUACACACUUAAAAGGGGUGAAUUUCAUAGUGUAUAAAUUAUACCUCAAUAAAAUAGUUUCUAAAAUAGACCUCCCCAGUGAACUAGACUAGUUCUGAAUUGUUUGGAAAUUAUUUUGUACAUUCUGUGCCUAGAUGACCAAUACUACAUUCAAGACAUGCUAAUGGACAGAAAAAAUUAAAUGUGGCUUAAAACACUCAAGACGAACCCCGCAUUCCCUACUAUUCCAGGUCAUGGCCAUGCCAGAAAGGAAAGGUCCAAGUUCAGUGCUGUGAACCUUUCUGGCUACCUUCCAUGGAGGAGGCUGGAAUGACCUUUGUCCUGAGGUGACACUCUUCCUUGUUACUGAUUAACCAGCUUUGCAGGAAGGCUACUUCACCAACAACCUGAUCUGCCUGGAGAGCAAUAUCUGGCUGGGCUUAGGUGGGCAGGAAAAAUGUCCACUCGCUACCACCAAGCUGCUAGUGAUAGCUACUUAGAACUUUUGAAAGAGGCUACCAAGAGAGAUCUGAAUCUUUCUGAUGAAGAUGGCAUGACUCCCACACUCCUGGCAGCUUACCAUGGGAAUUUGGAAGCCCUAGAAAUAAUCUGCAGCAGAGGAGGGGACCCUAAUAGAUGUGACAUCUGGGGAAAUACUCCCUUGCAUUAUGCAGCCUCCAAUGGUCAUACCCACUGUGUUUCAUUCCUGGUCAACUUUGGUGCCAACAUCUUUGCCCUGGACAACAACUUACAGUCCCCACUGGAUGCUGCUGCUAGCAGAGAGCAGAAUGAAUGUGUUGCUCUCCUGGAUAAAGCUGCCACUGCCCAGAACAUCAUGAGCCCCAAGAAAGUUACCAGGCUGAAGGAGCAGGCUCAGAAGAAUGCCAGGAGGCAGAUCAAAGAGUGCGAGAGGCUCCAAGAGAAGCACCAACAUAAGAUGGCUCGCACCUAUAGCAAGGAGGAAUCUGGGACUCUUUCUUCUUCCAAGGCUACUUUCUCCAGGUCAUCCCUUUCAAAUGCUUCUGCUUCUGGUACAUUUGGGUCAGCAACUAAGGGCAUUAAAGACACCUUCAAGAUAAAGUUCAAGAAGAACAAAGAUACAGAAGAGCUGGUAGGGAAGGAGAGCAGAAGUGGGCAGAGGAAUGUGAUGGAAGUGUUCAGAGAAGAGGAGGAAGACACAUUCUCCCAGGACUUCAAAGAGAAGCUCCAGUUCUCAGCAAAGGAGGACAGAGGUGUGCAGCACGAGUCCAUUCUUAACCGUCCAGGUCUAGGCAAUAUUGUUUUUAGAAGGAACAGAAUAUUAAGUCCCGAAGACCUCUCAGACAGCAAGAGGGUGUUGGGAUUUCAGAUGCACAGUGAAUUGCUUCAGAGACAAGGAGCAGCAGAGGCUGAGGAAGCUGAGGCUAACAAAGAGGGAGUGGAAAACAACCAUGAAGAUGAUCUGCCUUGGGAUGAGGAUGAAGUGGAGUGGGAGGAAGAUGUGGUUGAUGCUACUCCUCUGGAAGUGUUUUUGCAGUCCCACCACCUGGAAGAAUUCCUUCCCAUUUUCAUGAGAGAGCAGAUUGAUCUAGAAGCUCUGUUACUUUGCUCUGAUGAGGACCUUCAGAGUAUACAAAUGCAGCUUGGUCCCAGGAAGAAAGUUCUUAAUGCUAUAAAUGGAAGGAAGCAGGUGCUACAACAGCCUGGGCAACUGAUUGACACCAGCCUCUGAUGGACUAUUGGGUCCACAGGGUGAACCUGCAGCAAUGGGGCAAUGCUGUGACCCACUGGAAACCCUCCAGGCAACACCCUCUGUAUGCCCAAUGCCAGGCCACUGGGAAGAGUUCCUAGGGUUUUGGAAAUGCGCUCCUAAGAAAGAGGCCCAUACUGUAGUCUGAGAAAGAGGCCCAUACUGUAGUCUGAGAAAUAUUCUGUACCUGUCCAAAAAAACCACCAGUGACCAACUCAAAGAGAUCUGGGAAUACAAAAAUGCAAUUUUAUCUCCAAUUAUCUUUUUGAUAUUUUUGAAUAUAGAAAGGGUUAAAUGAAUGACAGACAAGGGAAAAUCUCUUUACUUUUCCAACUCUGAACUUAAAAAUUAUAAUCUCUUGUCACGCAAGCGUGCUGCUUACUUUCUCAUCCUUAGAGCCUGGGGAUUCCAACUCCAGUUCUGUCCUGAGCUCUACAACUUUGUCUGUUGGAAGAGAUUUGAGUUCUUCCAUUGGCCUGAGGCUUCAUGUCCAACUUAAAUGUGUUUAACCCUUCAACAGAUGUUUACAUGUUUAUAAGUAAUGGAAAUGGGUUUAUAAUAUUCCUGCCUGGGAACAGAGGCAGAGCAGCAUGUAAGGAGAGUGAAGAAAGAAAUAGAAUACCGGGUACCUGAUGUAAUAUGAAUCGUAUCUCCCUAAAAUUUGUAUGUUGAAGCUUUAUGCCUCAACAUAACUGUAUUUGGAGAUCAGACCGUUAGAGAGGUGAUUAAAGUUAAAUGAUGUCAUAAGGGACACGGAUGGAUGGUGUCCUUAUAAGAAGAGACACUCAGGGUUGCACACACACACACACACAGAAGAGGCCACGUGGGGACACAGCAAGAAAACAGUCAUCUGCAAGCCAAAGACAGAUGCUUCAGGCAAAACCAAACCUUCCAAUACUUUGAUCUUGCACUUCCAGUCUUCAGAGCUGUAAGAAAAUAAAUUUCUGUUGUUUAAACCACCCAGUCUGUGGUAUUUUGUUAUGGCAGUCUUAGCAGACCAAGACUAAGGAGUGGAGAGAAAAUAAGGAUGCCGAGAAAAAGUCUGGACUGUUUCAUGAUUUUUCUCAAGGUAAGUGCCUUCUGAAACUUAAAAGAAGGGGGGGAAAUCUA